AUGGGGCGACUGGCCCGGCUGGCUGCACUCCUCGUGGUGCUGACCCUGCAGUGCCUGCGCACAGGCGCGAUAGAGGUGUACGUCACCGUGCGGCCGAACAAAAUCAAAUGCCUGAAGGAGCGAAUUAACAAAGACACCCUCGUCGUGGGCAAAUUCAAAACAGACAGCAAAAAUUCCCCCAUCUCUAUAUUUAUCUACGACGCGGAUGUAAACGAGCGAACUUUUAAUUUCCAAAAAAAACUGCCAAUUUUUGAAACGAUUAAUGAGCACGACAUAAAGACGGCCUUCACAACCUUCUACUCCACCUCCUACUCCUUCUGUGCCUAUAACAGCACAAAUAAAAUUUUGGAUGUUUUUUUCGAAAUUAAACAUGGGACGGAGGCAAGGGACUAUGCGCAGAUAGCCAAAUCGGAACACCUGAAUGAAGCCACCAUGUAUUUGAAUCAAAUCCUGGACCAAAUGAAUAACUUCCAUUUAAAUUUGAAACGGAUUAAAGCGUCGGAGGAGAACGAGAAGAAGUCCAGUGACAAGCUCAAUGACACCCUCAUGUGGUUUUCCCUCAUGAACAUUUUGAUCAUCAUCGUCGCCGCCAUCAUCCAGGACUUUUACUUCAAACGAUUUUUCACCUCCAAGAAGAUCAUCUGAGGGGGUACCGGGGUAGCGGCGAUUAGCGGCGGGGUAGCCGCGCAAAGGGGCUUCCCCGUACGCCCACUUACAAAGGGCGGGGCCUGCACCCCACGCGGCGGAGACCCCCUGAACCCUGAGCAAAUUCUACCCGUUUACUCUGUUGCUCCCCAUUUGUGUGCCCAUUUGUGUGCCCAUUUUCCGCUUCGUUUUUUUUAUGUCAUUAAAACGUUAAAAAAUAAUUUUUGAAGAACCCCUCACACGAGGGCAAACAGGCAAUGUGCGUG